GCGUGCACUGUGAACCAAACUACAAGAUCCCUUUUCAAUGUUUACCAGGGCGUUACGGUGUGAACUCUGUCAAAUAGUCAUUGAGGAUUCCGUUCGGUACUUCGGUCGCCGUCCAGUCCGUCUUGCUUGAAGUUUAACUGUCGCGAUGAAAGUGUGACGAAACAGUGAAAUCAACCAUCUAGUAUAAAUUAAGCUGUGCAUAAUAAUUGACCAAUCAUGGAAUUCAUGGACGAGGAUUUCCUUCUCAACAUGGAGAGAGCGUUCAUGCGGAAUUGGCUCCGGCUUCUAAGGGCUACAAAGGCAUUUCUGGACGCGCUGAGCGAGUCGGGCGCGACAUGCGUGUCGCGCGCGACUGCUAUCAAGUUCUUGUUCGCGCGCAAGUUUGACGUGCUGCGCGCGCACACGCUCUGGCGACAGCACGAGGCGACUCGCCGGCGGGAAGGGCUCAACAAGUUCGAGCCCUUCGAAGAGCCGCUGAAGUCCGAGCUUGAGACUGGAAAAUUUACUAUUUUGCCGACGCGGGACGCGACCGGAGCCGCCAUUGCGGUGUUCACGGCCAACAAGCACUUCCCGUCCCUUACCACUCAUCAGACGACAUUGCAGGGUGUCGUCUACCAAUUAGAUGUGGCGUUGACGUCGAUAGAGACCCAGCGCGCCGGUCUAGUCUUCAUAUACGACAUGACCGACUCCAAGUACACUAACUUCGACUAUGAACUGUCGCAGAAGAUACUCACUCUGCUAAAGGGUGGGUACCCAGCUAAGCUGAAGAAGGUGCUGAUAGUGACGGCUCCGCUGUGGUUCAAGGCGCCGUUCCGGAUCUUACGGCUCUUCGUGCGGGAGAAACUGCGCGAGCGCGUGCACACGGUGAGCGCGCCGCAGCUGGGCGUGCACGUGCCGCGCGCCAGCCUGCCCCGCCAGCUGGGCGGACAGCUGGAGCCUGACCACGCUGCCUGGUUAGAACACUGCAAAAACUGCUACACAAAUAAUCUGCAGAAUUCAAAGUUAGACGGAAUCAUUGACGAAUAUGUAAUUAGUAAUCACAUUCCCGCAGUCAAACCACAAAAUGGUAUAAUCGAGCACGAGGUCGGAUGUGAUAUGACCAGCGACCGCGCGGCGCGACUGUGCGACAACAACACAGACAUGCACAUCAGCGGCGAUCCUCCCUACACCUGCGAUACCAGCCCGCUUAGAAAUACGCACGGAUAUAAUGGAGACAUGAAGGGCAGGCACAUAAACUCAGGGGAUGAAGACGAUUUAGAUAUAAGCACCCGCGGCACGUGGUCGUCGGGCGAGGCGUCGCCGGGGCUGUCGGACGAGGAGUGCGGCGGCGGCGCGGGCGAGACGCCGGCGGCGCUGCUGGCGCGCGUGCGCUCGCUGCGGCGCCGCGGGCUGGCCGCCGAGUACGAGGAGAUCCGCGCGCGCCCGCCCUGCGGCACCUUCCACCACGCCAAAUUGCCAAGUAACCUAGCCAAAAACAGAUACACGGACGUAUUGUGCUACGACCACUCGCGGGUCACACUUUCGCAGACGGACCCCGAUGACCCGUCCAGCGACUAUAUCAACGCCAACUACGUCGACGGUUACAAGCAGAAGAAUGCUUUCAUCUGCACGCAAGGACCCUUACCGAAGACAUUCGGCGACUUCUGGCGGAUGGUGUGGGAGCAAGGCACACUCGUGAUCGUGAUGACGACGCGCGCUAUCGAGCGCGGCCGCGUCAAGUGCGGGCAGUACUGGCCGCUCACCGUCGGCCAGCGCGUCACGCACGCCGGCUACAGUAUCACCAACGAGCUGGUGGAAACAGAUCCUGACUACACCAUCACGCACCUGGUGCUCACCGAGCUGCGGACGGAGCAGACGCGGCGCAUCUGGCACGGGCAGUACACGCGCUGGCCGGACUACGGCGUGCCGGGCGGCGGGCGCGCGCAGCCCGUGCUGCGCUUCCUCACGCGCGUGCGCCGCGCGCAGCAGCGGGCCCGGGCCGAUUUAGGAGAUGCGUGGGCAGGACACAGUAGAGGACCACCGAUCGUCGUUCACUGUUCUGCUGGAAUUGGACGAACAGGCACGUUCAUAACGCUGGACAUCUGCACGCUGCGGCUGGCGGCGGAGGGCGCGGUGGACGUGCGCGGCACCGUGGAGCGCGUGCGGGCGCAGCGCGCGCACAGCAUCCAGAUGCCCGACCAGUACGUGUUCUGCCACCUCGCCGUCCUCGAGCACGCGGUAAUGAACGGGUACUUAGAGUCUGCGGACCUGACGGGCUUCGACGACGACAACGAGGAGGAGUCGGAAUGAAGGCUGUCGCGCCCGCCCUGCGCGCUGCUGUGAGCGCCGUGCCAUACCCGCUCCACGCACGCCGUGACGUCACGCCGACGUCACGCCCGACCGCGCGAGUGCCGUCCGCAGCGACGAGUGGACCCAACCUUACAUCGGGUAAAGGAAACCUCGUAAUUCGAGUAUUUAUUUUGCGUAACGUAAAUCUUUGUAACCAAAAAUAUUUCCGUAAUUAGAAUUUUAUUUAUUUAUGUAAGGAAUAUGGCUGUGUGAAGUUUUUCGUCUGUAAUUUAUGUAGUUAUGUAUGUUUAUAUUUUAUUUACGGAGCCCCGAUUGUGACGAGGCGCGGUGUCUGAUCGACGGCGCAGUCUGUCUCGGACCAGUUUUACAUAGCUGUAAACGAUGCUUUAAGUAUUUUUCCCGAAUAUAAAAUAUAUAGAAACUAAGAUAAAUGUUAUUGUAAUUAAUUAUAAAAAUAAAUAGACACUAUUUAUAUUACAUGUCCCUUUUUAUCAAGAGAGGAGUUCAAAUGUUGUUUACGGUUCUGUUAAACGAUCUGACUCAGAAGCUACCGCGGUAGCCGCGUCGUGAGCGCUCUCGCCUCGUAGUACACUUACAUAUUAUGUUGUAAUCGCUAAGAAUCUUGUCUCUCGGAUUGUGCACUGAACAUCUAUAAUACGAAUUAUUAUAAAUAGAUUUAUAUACAUAGACUGAGUAACGUUAAUAUGCUCCAAAAUUUUACUAGCGGCAUAAUUAUUUUGAAAAAAUGAAUUCAUGUUCGCUACAUACCUUUUAUUUAUUGUUACACGAGCAAAGAUAAUAAUAAAUAUAAUAAAUUCACUAUAAUCAAAUUAACAAAUUGUAAAUGUAAUGUAAUGUAAAAUAUUUACACACCUGUUAGAGAGAUUAAUUAAAAUUGCAGAUUGAUUAUAUUUAUUUUUCAAGCGACAUAUAUCUAUAGAAUCAAUAUUUGAAAUCGCCGUCCUUCACGCAACUUACAUAUCGCCGUAGAUGUCCUUCGUUCCCUGCCCGCGUCCGGUCGUAGCGAAUCUUCCGGAUCGAUAUCGUGUGCUGCUUCGCCUAGCUCGAAUGCUUUGGUAUAAAAAUUAUGGAGCAUACUCUCUAGGUUUAACUAAUUUACUGUUGCGCAAGUUAGAUAAUGAUAUUACUGUUUGGAAUGCAUUUUUGUAGGAUUUAUAUGGAUUGAAAAUAAUUUUCGCAACAGAAAAUGCACUAACUUAAAACCUAGGUAGCAAUUAAAACAUGUUUCUCUUAUUAUAAUUUAAGACUAAUAAAUUGUUAAUCUGAAACAACUGUUGAUUCUGUAUCUGUAAAUAUUUUAAUAUUAUUUUUCUGUUAUAUCUAAAUUAAAAACUUGUGAAAAUGUGUGAAAUAAAGAAAACCUUGUAAUAUAUUUA